AAUGGCUUCCGAUGAGCAAAGCAAUAGAAAAAGCCAUAGCAGCAACAACUUUCUUCAAACCCAAGUGGUGGUGGUUGUGAUACCUUUCCCAGCACAAGGCCAUCUCAACCAGCUUCUGCACUUGUCACGCCUAAUCUUGUCACAUAAUUUACCUGUUCAUUAUGUUGGCACAACCACACAUAACCGCCAGGCCACAGUUCGAGUCCAAGGUUGGGACCCAAAAUCCAUUUCAAACAUCCAUUUCCAUGAUUUUGAGGUUCCUCCCUUUGUUUCCCCUCCUCCAAACCCCAAUGCAGAAACCAAAUUCCCAUCUCAUUUGCUUCCUUCCUUCAAGGCUUCUUCACAUCUGCGUGAGCCCGUAGCAAAACUUAUGCAAUCCCUUUCAUCUAUAGCUAGAAGGGUCGUAGUUAUCCAUGACUCUUUAAUAGCAUCAGUGGUACAAGAUGUCAAAAAUAUAACAAAUGCAGAGAAUUACACUUUUCACAGCAUCUCUGCCUUUACCACCUUCUCUGUUUAUUGGGAGGAAAUGGGAAGGCCUCAAAUUGAAAGCUCACAUAUCCUAGAAGUUCCUUCUUUGGAAGGAUGCUUUACAACCCAAUUCUUAGAUUUUAUUGAAGAACAACUUCAAUUCGAAAAAUCCAGUGCUGGCAACAUCUACAACACAUCGAGGGCAAUUGAAAGUCCUUACAUUGAGUUGUUAGAACACAUCCUUGAUACCGGGAAGCAUUGGGCGUUGGGGCCCUUCAACCCUUUAGUUAUUGAGAAGAAAAACAUAAACGGAAGGCAUUUAUGCAUGGAGUGGCUUGAUAAACAAGAGCAAAAUUCAGUUAUAUAUGCAUCCUUUGGGACAACAACAGCAUUGACAGAGGAACAAAUCGAACAGAUUGCAAUAGGAUUGGAACAAAGCCAGCAAAAGUUCAUCUGGGUACUAAGAGAUGCUGAUAAAGGAGACAUUUUCAAUGAAGAUGAAGUGAGAAGACAUAAGCUUCCAAAAGGGUUUGAAGAGAGAAUGGAAGGAUUCGGGUUAGUUGUGAGAGAUUGGGCACCCCAAUUGGAAAUUCUAAGCCACCCUUCAACAGGAGGGUUUAUGAGUCACUGUGGAUGGAACUCAUGCAUAGAGAGCAUAACCAUGGGGGUUCCAAUAGCCACAUGGCCUAUGCACUCUGACCAGCCAAGAAACAGUGUUUUGAUAACACAAGUUCUGAAGGUUGGUUUGGUUGUGAAGGAUUGGGCUAAGAGAGAUGAGUUGGUGACUGCAUCAGUUAUUGAGAAUUCCAUUAGAAGGUUGAUGGAAACAAAGGAAGGUGAUGACAUGCGAGAGAGAGCAGAGGAUCUUAAAAAAGCCAUCCAUAGGUCCAUGGAUGAAGAUGGAGUUUCUCGUAUGGAAAUGGAUUCUUUCAUUACUCAUAUAACUAGAUAG